UAAUUGAGAGCUGAAUGUUCUCAUGCGAAGGAAGAUGAUUGCUUUUAUCCUCCUCCUCCUCCGCUAAGGAUAGUUCAGAAAUGUUACAUCAUUUCUCUGUAACUCACGCACGAUCAAAGAUUUGGCUUCGCAAGAGAAAAAAGAAAGAAAACUCUCCAGAUCAUCCAUCCUCUGAAAUUAUUUGAAUUCUUAGAGAGGUACAUACAUACAUACAUACAUGUAUGCAGAUGAAAUUGAGAUUGGCAAGUGCCUAAAAUGAGUCUCAGUGCACCCUUGAUAGAUGAUGAAGGUCCUCGGCAGGAUAUACAGUUAGCGGCUACCGAUAUUGAUUGGCAAAUGCUUGAUAAAUCUAAAUUCUUCUUCCUUGGUGCUGCUCUGUUUUCGGGUGUGUCAGGGGUUCUGUACCCAGUUGUUGUCUUGAAGACUCGCCAGCAAGUUUGUGAAUCUCAGUUUUCUUGCUUCAGGAUUGCCAGCAGAGUUCUCCGAUACGAGGGACUGAGAGGCCUUUACAGAGGAUUUGGAACUUCGCUAAUGGGUACAAUCCCUGCCAGGGCAUUGUACAUGACAGCCCUUGAGAUAACAAAAAGCGAGGUUGGAUCGGCUACAAUGGGGAUGGGAUUCACAGAGGGGGCCGCGGCUGCAAUUGCAAAUGGGGCUGCAGGACUGAGUGCAGCCAUGGCUGCGCAGGUUGUUUGGACGCCUGUUGAUGUCGUGAGCCAAAGGCUAAUGGUGCAGGAAGCUGCAGCUACCUGUAAUAAUAACAAGUAUGUGGGGGGGAUUGAUGCUUUUAGGAAGAUUAUGAAUAGUAAUGGAGUUAGAGGUCUGUAUAGAGGUUUUGGGAUGUCAAUAUUGACAUAUGCACCUUCAAAUGCAGUUUGGUGGGCUUCUUAUGCAAUUGUGCAAAGGCUUGUUUGGGAUGGUGUUGGGGAUUACGAAGAUGGUAUGAACUCUUCUUCUUCUUCUUCUUCUUCUAUUACUACUAGUAGUUCUUCCAAGACUACUGUAAUGGGAGUCCAGGGGUUUAGUGCAGCUAUCGCAGGUGGUGUCUCUGCAUUGAUCACAAUGCCGUUAGAUACCAUUAAGACAAGGUUACAGGUUUUGGAUCAUGAAAAUGGAAGGAGAGGAGGAGGGCCGACUGUGGUUGAGACAGUAAGGAAAUUAGUGAGAGAAGGUGGUUGGAUGGCUUGUUACAGAGGAUUGGGGCCGCGAUGGGCUUCCAUGUCAAUUUCUUCAGCCACCAUGAUCACCACAUACGAAUAUCUGAAACGCCUUUCAGCCAAGAAUCAAGAUGCCUUCCUUGUCAGUUAAGUGUGGCUAGCUGGGAGGGAGAUGAAAAGAGAAACGACUUGUGUAUUUGUAACUUGUCUCUUUUUCUUUUGUUUUGUAAAAGGAAAAUAUGUGAUUGAAAAAUGAAAUUGUGUGGUUUUGAAAAUAUACUUUUAUCAAGAUAAGUUGUAAUAUUAUUAUUAUAUGGGGGUUAUGGGAUCAGAAGAAUGUGAUUGAAUAAGUUGUAAUAGUAUCUGUCUGUCUGUCUGUCUGUCUUGUCUGAUAAAAAGAAGGAAGUCUUUAAUCUUAA